AAUACAAACAAGCUUCAAUGAACGACAGCGUUGUUCAUCUGAUGGCCUGUAUUUGCGUGUGUAUGUAUUUGAAUUGAAAACCAAAAUAUUUAUUAGUUGCUCAGUUGGGCACAGGUAUUACAGUCAGAUCGUAGUAGCGCCGCAUUGCCAAUAUUACCUUUGGUAGUAGAGCUCCGCUUAGUCAGAAUAACACGACAGUUCAUGUUCGCUUCCAAAACAGACUCUCACACACAGCACUGGCACAUUUUUCAAGCCGUGCAAGGGAAUGGUUGUAGAAGUAUACGGCUAUUUUCGUAGGAAAUAAUUACACUACGCCAAUCCAAUAGCAUCCAUCACAUCCACACAGUGUGGUCGCCCCUGAAUCGCGCGUUGAACACGAACAGGUACUUGUGAAGUGCAGCUAUAUACAGAUACUGAACAAAUCCUGUGUAGAAAAACAUUGCUCACCAUUCAACUGUAUUUCUGUUGGUCUUUGAGGCACGCCAGUUAGUAUGAGUGGGGUUGAUUUCGACACCGUUGAAGUCAAAGGGCUGCGAUGCCGUACUCAGGUGGGGUUCAGUGUGCAUGAGAUCGGCAAGUUGCAAGCGCUCGAAGUGAGCGUACAAGUGUCCAUAGGGUCGAUUGCCUGCGUAUCUGAUAGCCCAGACGACUGUUUCAAUGUGCGCACAUUGGCUAAAGAUAUACUUGCACAUGUCGAGGGAAAUUCAUUCAAGCUGAUUGAGACAGUGGCCGAGAAUGUGGGGUUCAUGGCUAUAGUGCUGCUGAAUGCAGCUCAUGUGCGUGUUGAGGUACGUAAACCGCAUGCGAUACGUUUUGCCGAGUACAGUUCGGUAGUGAUAAACCGUAGCACGGGAACGUAUCCGAGAAACCGUAAGCCGUUCACCUACUAUAUCGCCGCAGGCUCGAACAUCGACCCCAGAGCCAACGUUCGAAAGGCACUUCAGAGUCUUUGUACCUAUCCUCAUAUGGUGGUGAAGGGCGUGUCCAGUGUCUACCAGACCACUCCGGUGCACAAUGCACCCACAAGAGGAACCGGUGGUACAGAUAACAGGUGUGACACAGACGCAGACACACACCCAGAGGCCACAUCAGAUGUAGUGAAAGACGAUGAUUUUCUCAACUUUGCGGUGAAGAUUGAGUCGGUGCUAUACCCUGCGGCGAUCAAAGCGCACCUGCUCAACACUGAGAGACGUUUGGGCCGUGUCCGGGACGCCAAGAACAAGAACGCACCUCGACCUAUAGAUCUGGACAUCGCAUUGUGGAAUGGGACAGAUUACCCUGUGACCUACAGAUUGGGCAACAAGGGCUGGUCCUUGCCUGCGAAAGGAGACACAGAAUUUGCCCAUGUGAUGAUCCCAUUAGCCGAGCUGGCACCGGAGUUUGUACACUGUGAUGCUGGUGUGCACGCGUCUAAGGGGGGUCUGAAAAAGGAAUCUACUACAAGUAGUAGCAAAGGUGUGACCCUGAGCGAAAUUGCUGAGCAGUUAGCUGGUACCGGUUGUUUGGAGACGGGUUUUCCGAAGAUUGACUGUGGGUUAAGCGAAGUUCUGGGCGGAGAUGAUCAGGGCCCAAACAGGCCAUGCAUCUUUAAACGGGUGCCAGACGUAAUCAGUAAGGAGGAUGGGACCGAAUUGUCCCCAUCUGCAGGGGAAGUGAAGGGGGAAGAGAACGAUCGAGCCGUACAUCAGUCAGAAACCUCAGAUCACAUGACUGAGAAUGUAGAGAGCAUAGGAGAUCCCGAGGGGAAGCUAAAGGGGCUGUCACUGGCUGUGCAGAGUUCACCUAACACUCACAUCAACGCCCAUGCCAACUCUCUGGCACUCGCAUCGACCCAGCUGCAUGAAUAUGAGCAAGAGGAAGACUCGGAUGGUGCACACGCACACACACAGCGUGAACACGAUAACACUGCGGCUCAUUCGCCACGCGUUCGGCCUUUGGCUACCCCAGGCACACAGGCGGAAGCAGCAGUAAGCACUCAGCAUGUGACUACGGGCAGGGGUGCCCAGAUAGACUACAGGUGCGACACAGGGCGCAAGGUUGCUAUAGUAACGGGCGGAACCAGCAAGAUAGGCCGACGCAUUACUAAAACGCUGCACGCGGCCGGCUACGAUGUGUGCAUACACGUGAACAGUUCGGUACUGGAUGCUCAAGCACUCGCCAAUCAACUGAAUGCAUGCCCAAGACGUGCCAAGUCAGCUAUAGUGAUUGUCAAAGACUUUGGCAGUGACACGUUUGCAACGCAGGCGGCUGAGAUGAUCAAGGAAGUAGUGGAGCGUCUGGGACGGUUGGAUCUGUUGGUAAACAGUGCUGCGAUGUUUAAGAAGACGCUGGUGCCGGUAUUGGCGCCACCCGUCCCGAUAUUGGCGGACAAGAAAGCGGACAUUGACGCGGACACAGAUGGGGAAACGGAAUCAGACAGUGAGCAGAGCAGCACGGCUGAUGAUAUUAAAAAUAAGCAUCUACAGGCGAAUGCCCAGACAUCAACUACAGCUGCAACUGCGAACAUGCCAGUGUGCGGAGAAGAGGACUAUCAGACUGUCGAAGUUCUUAAGCAUUGGCACGAGACCAUGAACCUCAAUGUUGUAGCGCCGUUCUUUCUGGCUCGGGCUGCCGCGCCUGAGCUCACGCGCACACGCGGCAGUGUCAUCAACAUCGCAGACAUCCACGGCACGCGUCCUUUAAAGGAACACUCUGUGUACUGUGUGUCUAAAGCCGCUAUAAUCAUGGUAACAAAGGCCCUGGCCCAGGAACUUGCGCCACAUGUGCGGGUUAAUGCGGUGAGUCCGGGUGCAAUCAGUUGGACAGACGAUCCGGUGUUGCAUAGCACGGCUAACCAGUAUGUGAUUCUUAGCAAGGUGCCCAUGAAACGCUUGGGGGAUGCGGUAGAUAUUGCAGAUACAGUGCUGUACUUGAGUGCGGGUGAGUAUACGACAGGUGUGGUGAUACCGGUAGAUGGUGGGCGCUCCUUGCAGCAGUAGUAGUCCAGAGCUGGCAUCGCUUAAACAUAAUAUGUAGAUAUGAUAUACAAAGAUAGGAGUGUGUAUGACCACGUGAUGGACACGUAUAGUUCUCUAUAGAUGAGAUCUGUACGAUAUACAUAAUAGAAAGCUGACACAUAUUACUUUGCCAAUACUAUGAUUUCACUGGGAAGCACCUUUUUUUUAGCUGGCGAGACAUCGCACUUUUCAUCUGGACUGCCAGCAUUGACUUGUCGAUUGUCCUGGCAGCUAAAAACGAGCUUGACUGACAACUGUUAAUUCUAUUUUUUUUCGGAGCUUUAAUUCCGUAUGUUUAUACCUUGGC